AUGGUUGGUGAGCUUAACAAAUAUGUUCUAAUACCAAACGAUAGAAUACAACAAGACUUUAUACGAUUUCCUCUAUCUGCAAUGCGAUCCUCUUUUAAGGCAGAGUACAGGCCGCUACGGACUUCACAGCAAAACAUCUACGAUGUUGCUACGCCUUGUUUUAAUGGAGAAACUGCAUUAGCUCAUUGUGCUUUCGAUGGCGAUUACAAGCAGAACGAGUUAGCAGCCGUAUUAGAGACAGAGUUAUUUUAUAUGAAUGGCCAGCAGCCUGCAGUUUAUAAUGUGGCACUACCUGUCGGACAUAACGGUGCUUCUCAAUUACCUUUUAUUAUUCAAUCGCCUCAAUUUUAUGUCAAAGAUCGAAUGAACAAAUCUACGGUAGUAGGAGGAAAUAAACUGACUGUGUCUAAUUCUAAUAUUACUUUGCCUUGUGUUCCUACGGUUCGCAUCGCUCAGAAUCCACAGUUUGGUAAUGCGCAACACAGGAAUCUUAUUUCUUUGACUGCCACACCUCCAACCACUAGCGGCUCCCUUCCGAAAGGGCGUGGCAAGCAUAACAUCAUUCAGGAAAGCCAUGGUGCUCUUGGCACUAUUAAUACGAGAAAAGUCCAGAAUGUUAUUAAUACUAAAAAUGCAAAAAGCCAAAACCUCGCGAAAGACCUGGGACGUCCAAAAUUGAGCCAUAAUUUGAAAAAGUCGCCAAACUGUUUGGUUACUCGGUUCUUGAUCAGAGGUUUUGCAUUGGUGUAUUUGGAAAUGUUCGUUGCUGAGAAUCGCAGUUCGUAA